UACUUGGCAUAUCGCGUGUUUUAUUCCAAGACAUAGUUUAUAAUUGCCGUCGACCGGAAGAUGAUAAUAUGUCUAAUUGUAUACCACUGUGUUAUUAACCAUAUCCACAACACAGAGCGCGAUUGAUAUUUGUAAAAAUUACGGCAUUGAACUAAGCAAAAAUCGUAGAAAUAGCAAUGGCACGAAUAGUAUUGUAGCAUAAUAGACCGUCAAUUAUCGUAGUCGAAUAGAGCAUAGCAUAUAAUACAUGUAUAUGUAUGUACAGGAUCUAGCAUAUAGCGUAGCAUAUACAACUGUUCAUUUCCCAAGCUACGCGAAUGAAAAUAUAAUUAUAAUCAUAAAAUACAAGGUGGAAUGGAAAUGGUAAUACAACCGGACAUGGGAUGUAUACUUAAAUUUGGGUAAUUCAGAACUAAACAAAAGUAAAUAAUCGACAGCGGUUUAAACGAAAUGUGAAAGUAAAUAAAAAAAUGUGGAACGAUAGUUUUUCAUAAGUUGUUUCGUUUUUUCGAGAAAAAUAAAUUUAAAAAUGUAUCAUGUACGUAUAUCAGAUCAAUUCGUGAUUAAACAUGUUCGGACUUUAUUUUCUUGAAAAUAAGGCCUUGAAUGGAAAAAUAUUAUUUAACAUUAUUUAAUAUUUUUAACUUAUUUUCGCAUGUAUAACAACCUCGUGCCGAUUGCUUAGCCAUACGUAGUUGAUAUCCAAUCAAGUUAUAUAAAAUAUAUUCGUAAAGUUUUUAACUCGAUUUUUUCAGAAACGAAGCUACAUAUGAGAAAAUUUUAUUCUACCUUUUUUAAUUAUGUUUUCAUGUUAGAAUCACCCCGAGGCCGGUUGGACUAUGAUUUCUGACCCACUCUGUAUAGAGAGGAACAAGUCCUUUAUAAUUAGUUUUUGAUUUCUGAAAACAUCCAGGGAAAUUACUAAAGAAGUAGGUAUUACAAUAAAUUUAAAACUAUGUCUUUCAACAAUAUAAGCAUCUAGAAGCUCUAAAAUCUAUUGGCUGUCAAUAAGAUUCUAUCAACAUUAUUUAUCAACAAAUAAAGAAUAGUAAUUAAGGAAAUCCAUAAUAGAUUUUGAAAAAUGACUGAAAACAUAAAUUAUAACAAAGAUGACCGAUAGCACGAUACAAUUCGCAAAAGAUAAUUCAUAAUUUUCUAGUUAUCUGCAGACAAGAAAUCUCUAUCUUCAGCAGAAUGUUGAUCGCGCAAUGUACGUUUAGGUUUCAUUUCGCAUGCGCGCGACCACCAGUUCGACCACGUACAGACGAUAGACGUGUUACUCGCGUACAGUAUCGAGCAAAGAAAUAUAAAUACGCAAUUGUUAAUUUACUGGCAAAACUAUCUCUACGAUCGUUACGACAGCCUUGAAUAAUAACUUAAACCUAUACGUUACACAUGAUGGAAAAACCGUUUACAUUCUAAAGUUUCACAUAUUUUAUUCACACGUACAGUGUAUCAAUGGAUGACAACCUUUAUAUUUUUUUUCACAAUGACAAGAAAGGAAUAGAAAAGAUAUUUGACUGAAAAUUUUCUGGAAAAGUGCUGGGAGAUGAAUGUUUAUUGGCAGAGUGUCGUUAGUGUAGCCAGGCAAAAAUGAUGUGUAUUGACGAAAGUAAUCAAGUAGUUUUAGUAGUGUUUGCGGAAAAAAGCCAAUUAUUUCGAUACAAGUGUACGACGUUAUGUUCCUUGAAAGAUACGCGCAGAACAAGUAGAACGACAGAAUCAAUCCCCGGUUUAUCGAUUCUGUGAGAUGCACUGAUUCGAAAAGAGGACAGGGGCUAGAGUUGUUACUACCCAACUCGUUGAGUAACCAGGGUGUACGGAAACCUUUUUGACUAGUUAUACGCAUAUAUACUAAUGUUGCUGACCACUCAGCAUAACUAGUAAAACUAUUGUAAGUUGUAAUCGGCUGUCAUUCAAGGAAAAUGAAAAAGAGGUUUGUCCUCGGCUUUCUGUGCACCAUCGUAAUUUUCAUCCUGAUGAUUUCCACCGAUAACGGUUUCAUUCAACACAUAUCACCGUUCGUGAUUGGUGUUUGGAACGACAUCACGUGUUACGAAGAAGAAAGCGCGCCGGAUGGCCUUCCGGAUUUUGAUCCGCACUUAGAUAAACCAAUGACGGAUAGAAAUAUCUUCUUCCACGAGACAUCCUGCUUCGAUAAAGAUGGUUUGGUGCUGAACGCUCGUCAAGCAUGUGCCGUCGAAUCUGCGGCUAAAAUGAAUCCAAGUAUGAACGUGUAUUUACUGUUCAUCUCUCCUUCGAAGAUUUCGGAUCAAUCAAGAGAAAUGUUCAAUCAACUGCAAACCUAUUCGAACGUUCGGAUCAGGCAUAUUAAACCUGAAAAAUACAUGAGGGACACACCUCUGCAUCUAUGGUAUAGUAGUGGCAUAUUGAAAAAAAGUUAUUGGCCAAGAAGUCAUAUGUCAGAUAUUCUCAGAUACCUGACCCUUUGGAAAUAUGGAGGAAUAUAUUUGGAUCUGGAUGUUGUUGUUAUCGCAUCCCUCGAACGUUUAACAAAUUUUGCCGGUGCCGAAGACUGGAAAAAUGUUGCUGCCGGCGUUAUGGGAUUUGACGUUACAGAGUUGGGUCGUCGUAUGGCAGAUGCCUGCAUUCGCGAUAUGCGAGCGAACUUCCGAGGUGACGUCUGGGGCAACAAUGGUCCUGGUGUGAUCACAAGAACGUUGCAAAAACUCUGUUCAACUAAAUACGUUCGUGACAUGACCACAAGUCGGUGUCAUGGCUUUAAAGUUUUCUCUCCAUCGACCUUUUAUCCGAUUCAUUACGAGAAAUGGAAAAUAUAUUUUGAAACAAAGGACAAGAACACAACGAUGCAGAUCGUGGACAAGGCGAUGGCCAUUCACGUGUGGAAUAAAUUCAGUAAAUUCGAAAAAGUGGACGUAAAUAACGAUGUUCCGUACGUAAUCAUCGCGAGAAAACAUUGUCCAAAGAUUUUUAACAAUUGUGGAAAGAUAUUUUAAAGAAUAGAAGUGAAUCUAAACAAAAUAUCUUCUACAUUAUGUCUUGUAUGUAUGUACAUAAUUUUUUACAAUAACAAACUCUAUGCUUUGUAGUUUGUACACUACUUCUUAUCUAAAUAGCCAAUACGGGUGCUUAUACUCAUAUUUUUCUUAAAAUAUUGGUAAAAGAUGAUGCAGUUCAAUUAACGACCGUAGUCAGAUGCAAAAUUUAUUGAAGAGCAGAUUAUUACAAUAUCAAAGACCAAAUUCAGGAAAAAAAAAGUAAAAACAAAUAAUAUACAUGUAUACAUAUUGUAUAUCAUAUCUAUUAAAUCUAUACAUAUCUACAUCUAGUUACGUAUCUAUGGAUAAUAAAAGACUACAGUUUUACUCGUAUCAAACCUUUGUUAAAAUAUCCAUUAUUAAAUCAAGAAACUUUAGUAGAACGCGAGAAAUGACGUUAUUUAUGAACUAUACAAAAAAUUAUUGAGACAUUCGAUAUAAUCAUAAAAAUUCAGAUAGGUACAUAUGUAUAAUAACUAUGUGAACCUGAAAAAGUCUUUCAAUCUUUAAAAAACGCUGAUAUGUACUGUGAAACAUUCUUCCGCUGACGCGAUUAUAAAUCCCUGCAUACCCUCUUUAAGCAGCAUUAUCUCAUCUUUUAUUAACAAGCUAAGAAAAAAUUGAAGAGAAAUGAAAAUAUAUUAAAAAUCGCACUUGAAAGGAAAAUACGAGCAUACGUUAAUUGAUAACAAGGAAAUACAUAUCAGAAAUAUGUACUGUGCAAGAGCGAAUGUAGAAAUGAACAUUUCUAACAUUGAGAUAUGCGAAUUUAACGUCUAAAAAAAGAGAAUGUUUAUAUUAUAUAAAUGAAUGUUUGAUGAUGUCGAAUUGACUGCCUUGUGAACACCCUGUUAAUGAACACAGUGUUUGUUCGUGUUCCUAUGUACAUAAUAUAUAUUUAUAUAAUUCAUGAAUUAUUAUUAUGCAAAUACAAAAAUCUUAUCAUGCACCCGUUUUGAAGGUUUUAUGUGUUUUGUAUGCAUUUACAACUAUUUGCAUACCUCGGUUGUAUGUUGAGAAAGAAAUAAAAAAUAUUGAACACUUAUACAUGAAAA